AUGGCGGACUGGAGUCUACUGGGAAACUUCCUGGAGGAAGUACAAGAACACUCCACCUCUAUUGGCAAGGUGUGGUUGACCAUCCUAUUCAUCUUCCGCAUUUUGGUUCUGGGGACGGCGGCUGAGUCGUCUUGGGGUGACGAGCAGGAAGACUUUAACUGCGACACGGAAACGCCCGGCUGUGAGAACGUUUGCUACGACAGAGCCUUCCCCAUUGCACAUAUACGUUACUGGGUUCUCCAAAUUGUGUUCGUGUCGACACCCAGUUUAGUCUACAUGGGCCACGCCAUGCACACGGUGCGCAGGGAGGAAAAGCGACGCAACCAGGAGGAGAACGAAGGAGGCGAGGAUGACAACGACGACCCGGGAGGGGGUCAAGAAGACGAGGAAGAAGGUGGCAAAGAUGCGGGGAAAGGCAAGAAAGCAACGUCCUCUGGCAGGGUGCGCCUGAAGGGGGCGCUGCUGCAGACAUACGUGCUGAGUAUCUUCAUCAGGAGCAUCAUGGAGGUGGUGUUCCUCUGCCUGCAGUACUUCCUGUAUGGAAUAUUCCUCCACCCUCUCUAUGAGUGCAAGACUUGGCCGUGUCCACACACGGUCAACUGUUUCGUGUCGAGGCCCACGGAGAAGAAUGUCUUCAUCGUGUUCAUGUUGGCUGUGUCGGGCGUUUCUUUGGUGCUCAGCAUGCUAGAGUUGCACCACCUAGCCUGGAAACACUGCUGCAGACUCAUUUUGGCGUCAAAGAAGGCGGUGACCGCCAUGGAGUCAUCCCAGUCCAAACAGGUCUCGCUGUCUCCACCCCCGCCACUGCCACCGCCGUCCACGCCGCCUCCCGACUUCAGCCAGUGUGUGAUCGGCUCCUCGCACUUCCUGGCGCUUCCCUUCCCCAACCACCGGCUGGCCCACCAGCAGAACUCAGUCAACAUGGCCGCCGAGCAGCACAAGAUGGCGGCCGUAGGGCGCGACCAUGAGGGCCUGCUGAAGCAGAUGAGUUGCUACUCAGCCGGCUGGCGCAAUGCCACCGACGUGGCUGCGUACUACGAUGCCGCCGGCUGCCUACAGAUCCAAAAUGCUGGCGCUGAGCGUCUGCUUCUAUGUGCCAAUGCCGAGGCUGAUGUCACGUGCCACAAGGACAAACGACGACUCAGCAAAACCAGCGGCGCAAGCAGCCGAACGCGAGCCAACGAUCUCUCCAUCUGA